AUUAUUCUACAUUGAUUCUUUACUUAAGGAAUAUGGGUGCCUAUCUAAGUAAGCAAAAAUUUGAACUAAUUGACAACGUAAUAGAAAUUCUUUUGGAGAAUCGUAAAAUUGCUAUUAGUUUAUUAUGCGCUGGAACGAUAAUUGGAAAGUUACUGACUGAUCGGUUGGCAAAUUUACCACCGGGUCCUUUAAAUUUACCGUACUUAAAUGCAGGAUGGAGAUUAUUCUUUUACCCAAGAGCAGAUGUUUCUCUUAGUUCGCUGAACAAUGAAUAUAAGAGUGAUAUAGUAUCAUGUAGAUUUUUUUCUUCCCCCAUUAUCAUUGUUAUUAAUUCUCCUCGAUUGAUCAAAGAACUUUUUAAGAAGAAUGCAACCACCUUUUCAGAUAGAGACUCCCUGAAAAGGAUGCAAGGCAGCUUAAGUGGUGAGGAAUUUUCUGAUGUUAUUUUCUCCCUAAAUUAUGGAGACAAAUUUCUACAAGCAAAGAAAUUCAUCUUAAGAUCUUUUUAUCAAGAUAAUCAUGAUAUGUUAAGACAUACAUUAGACUUUCAAUGCGAUCAAUUUAUAGCUAAUGUAAAGAAAUUUGAUGGUAGUACUCUUACUAACCUUAAGCCUAUGUUAUCAACUUCUUUGGCUCGUAUUAUCUGCUCCUUCACAAUUUCUAUAGAUUCGUCUAUAAAUGACGAGGAUUUAAAUGAAUUUCUGCGAAUUACAAAUGAUUUUAAUAAUGGAUUCGGAACUGUAGGCUCGUUUGUACCAAACCCUUAUCCUUGGCUUUGGAGGAAAAUUUUCUAUAGUUCUAUUGAUAUUAAAUUUAGGAAAUGUAUCAGAGAGUACAGGGGUUUCCUUAGGAAAUUUGUAAACAUGUACGAAAAAAUAGACUCUGAUAGUCGUGGGACGAGCCUUUUAGCUGAACUAUUGAAUAACAAGACGAUCGACAAAGGGAAUGAAUUGCUCGACACUCUUCUUAUGAUGACUAUUGAUAAUCCAACUUCGAUUUGCGAGGCUUUUAUGUGGUUGUUUCUUUAUUUAGCAUCUUAUCAAGAUGUCCAGGAAAAGGCGAGGAAAUUGAUUGCGGAAUUGACCAAUAACACCAGAAAGAUUACAAUAGAAGAUAGAGCAAAGUUGCCCUACUUUUCAGCCUUAAUUUACGAAACAUUUCGUUGUUGUAAUUUACAACCAUUCUCUCCUGUCCAUCAUGUGAAAGAAGGUCUAAAGUUUCAGGGCUACAAUAUACCUAAAGGAUCAAUAGUUCUGACGAACUAUACUGCAAUGAAUAAAGAUCCUAAUGUCUUUCCAGACCCUGAAAAAUUCAAUCCAGAAAGAUUUCUAAACGAAGAUGGAAGUUUUAAGCCUGUUGACUCCUUAACUCCCUGGGGUUUUGGUCCAAGAUCGUGUCCGGGAGAGAGAUUAUCCAAAAUGGAAUUGUUUCUAAUAGUUGCUCGAGUACUACAGAAUUUUAGAUUAGCUUUUCCCGAUAAUUACAAUCCCGAUUUAACUCCAAUCUUUGAUUCAUUUUGCGUUCCUGGACCUUUUCCAAUAAGGUUUAUACCGAUUACAGAAUAGAUGUAAAGUUUGAUAAAUAUACUGUAGGCAGUUUUGUACAUAUUCAGAAAAUAUACUUGAUAAACAACAUUAUAACAAUAAUAAAAACAAUACUUUUAUCUCUGUUAUUAAAGCACAUUUGAGUACAUUUGGUCCAAUGUGACUUCAAUUAUUUCAAUGAUACUUUCUCCAAGGACAUUUUUGUUUCUUUUAAAUAUGAUUACUUUGAUUUAAGUAUGUUUUUAAGUAGUCUCUUAUUUA